ACACGUCGUCUAUUUCAGCCGAUUUUCAACUCUCUUCUUUUUCUGGAAAGCCAUCCGAACAAUCACAAGUUCACUAUUAUGUCUGCAUCCUACCACUUCUUGAUCUUCAGUUUGGGUGUUGUGGCUGUAAUGGGAAACAAUUACAAGGCGCCUUACCAUCAACCCAAAUACGAGCCAGAGAUCCCUGCCUGUUCCAAGAACACAACCAAGAACUGGUGCCUGGAGGAUUCCGAAUAUCCGGCCUACGAAAUCGUUUACGAGCUGGACAAACACUACGAAGCCGUUGUGGCCCUGUACAAGAACGUCGUCGCCGAAACGUCAAAUUCUGUCGAUACCCUCAGCAAACUGGAAGAGGAGACUUAUCUGUGCCCGAGCGAAACUUCUUACGUGCAGCCACUGCGUGCAGUCAACACCAAGGGCAAAUGGCGUGUCAUCAUCAACAAAGUCGAAUCCUACGGCAUCAAAUACGAUCAACACGCCCGCAUUGAAGAAUGUGAGGAUGAUGCUGCUGGAAAGGCCUGCCCUUUAGUGCCCACCUGUUACGAGUCGAAAUGCCUGCAAAAGAGCAUCUACCACCGUUUCCUCGUCUACGAUCCCACUGAUUAUUACUUCCCAUUCGCCAUUGAAACUUUCAAAUUGCCCGCAUCUUGCGCCUGCUUCGUUGGAGCUUUCAAACUUUAAAGACUUUUAUCAUUUUAAAAAUCUUUUCCCAGUUACCUCAUCCUGAACAGGUGAACGAUUCACGGUAACGCACAAAAGUUGGCAGUAGUAUCAACAUCCAAAUGAAACCAGUCCCUCAUCAACCCAAUUC